GCAAUCUUAAAAAUCUUCUUUUAGGAUUCGUCCUAAAAGGUCUCCCGCGGCCGUUUUUCAUAUGCGUAUACGCAGCCGCGCCGCCGAUGUCCGUUCAUUCCUGGCUGGUGUCCGUGGUACACACUGCAGUGGCCCUUGGGGUGGGGGGGGCGGAGGACGGCCAGGUGACACGUGUGACGUAGAAAAGACGGUGCUGGCGAACCUUUUGGCGUGGGUAUCCAUCUUUCGAGUCUAUGCAAGUUGUGAGCAGCGGGCGCAUCUUCCUGCAAGGCGCAUCUUCACCUCCGGCGUGCGUACUUUCCUGUGGAAGCGUAGAGCAGCGGGCGCGUCUUCGGCUCCGGCGUGCGUCAUCUCCUGUGGCAGCGUACAGCAGCGGGCGCAUCUUCGGCUCCGGCGUGCGUGGUUUCCUGCGGCAGGGUUGAUCAGCGGGCGUGUCUUCGGCGGCUGUGGCAGGCGUCACGCUGUAGAUGCGGAACGAUUGUCAAAGAUGGACGUUCGCGGCUGCGGGCACAGUCUACGCGAAGAAGAGAUCGACGCAGUGGCGAUGGCGGUGACUGCCGUCGUCGUCAACACGAUGAGCGACAUGUCGUCGUCCUCACGCGACAUGGUGAUGCAGCUCCGCAAACGAAGAGCGCUGUUGCAGAGCGUUGCCGAAGCGUCGGAUUGCUUGGCCACGUGUGAGGCAGUCGUCCAGUUGUGUGUCGCGCUGUCGUCUGGCGUUUUCCCGCGGCAGACCCCGCGUUGGUGGAUUAGACGACGGACUGGCGGAACAUGGGAGGACCUCCGCCUGUGUGAUGAUGUGACGGACGAGUACUACCGGCAGAAGUUGCACAUGUCGAUGGCCAUGUUCACCCAGAUCGUAGCCGCGUGCGCCGCGUACGUGGAGAAGAAGGUCACACACUACAGGAUGCCAUUGCUAGUGGAGCAGGUGAUCGCUUUCGCAUUGUACAGGUGGGCGUCCGGAGAGAUGUACGAGAGCGGCACUUCAGCCUUCGGCAUCGGCAGGGCAACUGGACUGCAGGCCGUCCGCGACGUCACUUCGGCGUUGCUGCAGGCAUACCCCGACGCGAUAAAGAGGCCAGUGGGCCGUAGACGUGCGCAGAUUCUGCGUGGCUUUCGUGGGAAGGGUUUCCCAAACUGCUUCGGCGCAAUCGAUUGUACACACAUCUACAUUGACAAGCCCGUCGGUGCACCUUCGGCCAACUACUACGACCGAAAACAAAAGUUCUCCGUGAAGGUGCAAGUGGUGGUGGAUUUGGAUUUGUGGGUCCUCGACGUCCACGUCGGAUACCCGGGAAGUAUGCACAACGUCCGUGUCUUGCACAAUUCCCAGUUGUGGGGGCGUGCAGAAACUGGCGAGCUGUUCAACGCACCUUCGGAGAAUCUGCCGCACGGUGUCGCCACACGAGGUUACCUGCUGGGCGACAACGGUUGUCCAGUUGCCUGUCCAUGGAUCGUGCAGCCGUACAGAGGAAUCGACCAAGGUCCUGACGAGGAGCGCUUCGACACGAGGCAGAAGGUGGUGCGGGGAUGUGUGGAGAGGGCAUUCGAGCGACUGAAGUGCAUGUGGCGUCUGUUCUUGCGCACCCACAAGAUGAACCUGGAGACCUUGCCAGAACAAUUUGUGCCCGUGUGCACUCUCCACAACAUCCUCCUCGACGCGGGGAACGACUUCGACGAGAACCUUUUGUGGGAGGUCGAUGCGAACAGCGUUCGGCGUAGAGUGGACUUGGGCAUCAUAGGGAACGGCGCGGGCGGGCGGCAAUGGAGCACGAAUGUCGACGGGGACUUGUUGCGGGAUGCACUUCGAGACCGCCUAGCUUUGAUGUAGGACUGUGUGGACGCUGUCUCUUAUACACAUC